UGAAGUCCCCGAGCACGUUAGAAGCUGGCCAUGGCCUGACUCCUGACACGGGGCAGCUCAGACAGGGGCCUGACGGCUCAGACGGCUCAGAACCGGGGACCCUCAGCCUGCAGAGAUGUUCUGAAGCCCCCGUGACUCUGGAGGAACCGGGGGGUGAGGGGAGAGGGCAGGGACUCGUGCCACGAGGAACUCAGAGCCAGGAGGCCCCAUUCCCUGGAAGCACCAAGAGAUGUGGUCCCCUCGCAGGGCCUGAAUUUCCUGCUGCUAUUCACAAAGAUGCUUUUUAUCUUUAACUUCUUGUUUUCCCCACUUCCAACUCCGGCAUUGAUCUGCAUCCUGACCUUUGGAGCCGCCAUAUUCCUGUGGCUGAUUAACAGACCUCAUCCCGUGUUGCCUCUUGUUGAUCUGAACAAGCAAUCGGUGGGACUCGAGGGAGGAGCACGGAGAGGUCCUUGCCAGGACAAUGACCUAAUACGUUACUACUUCUCAGAUGCCAAGACGAUGUAUGAAGUUUUCCAAAGAGGAAUUGCCGUGUCUGACAAUGGGCCUUGCUUGGGAUAUAGAAAACCAAACCAGCCCUACAGAUGGCUGUCCUACAAACAGGUGUCUGAUCGAGCAGAGUACCUGGGCUCCUGUCUCUUGCAUAAAGGAUAUAAGUCAUCACAAGAACACUUUGUUGGCAUCUUUGCUCAGAAUAGGCCAGAGUGGGUCAUCUCUGAGUUUGCUUGUUACACGUACUCCAUGGUAGCUGUCCCCCUGUAUGACACCUUGGGAGAAGAUGCCAUCAUAUACAUUGUCAACAAGGCUGAUAUCACCACGGUGAUCUGUGAUACGCCCCAAAAGGCAUUGGUCCUGAUUGGGAAUGUGGAAAAAGGCCUCACCCCGGGCCUGAAAUUGAUCAUCCUCAUGGAUCCCUUUGAGGACGACCUGAAGAAGAGAGGGGAGAAAUGUGGAGUUGAGAUCUUAUCCCUGUUUGAUGCUGAGAAUUUAGGCAAAGAGAACUUCAAAAAACCCAUGCCUCCUGCACCAGAAGAUCUGAGCAUCAUUUGCUUCACCAGUGGGACCACAGGUGACCCCAAAGGAGCCAUGUUAACCCAUGAAAAUAUCGUUUCAAAUGCUGCUGCUUUUCUCAAAUGUGUGGAGUAUACUUUUGAGCCCAGUUCUGAGGACGUGACCAUAUCCUACCUCCCCUUGGCUCAUAUGUUUGAGAGGGUUGUACAGGCUGUUGUGUACUCUUGUGGAGCUAGAGUUGGAUUCUUCCAAGGAGAUAUUCGGCUGCUGCCUGAUGACAUGAAGACCCUGAAGCCCACAGUCUUUCCCGCGGUUCCCCGACUCCUUAACAGGGUCUAUGAUAAGGUACAAAAUGAAGCCAAGACACCCUUGAAGAAGUUCUUGUUGAACUUGGCUGUUGCCAGUAAAUUCAGUGAAGUGAAAAAGGGUAUCAUCAGACGCAACAGUUUCUGGGACAAGCUCAUCUUUGGAAAGAUCCAGGAAAGCCUGGGCGGGAAGGUUCGUCUCAUGGUCACCGGAGCUGCCCCCAUCUCCUCUCCCGUCUUGACGUUCCUCCGGGCAGCAAUGGGAUGUCCGGUAUUUGAAGCUUAUGGUCAAACAGAAUGCACUGCUGGCUGUACAAUUACAUCACCUGGGGAUUGGAAAUCAGGCCACGUUGGAGUCCCCAUCGCUUGCAAUCAUGUGAAGCUGGAAGAUGUGGCUGAUAUGAACUACUUUGCAGUGAACAAUGAAGGACAGAUCUGCAUCAAGGGCACCAAUGUAUUCAAGGGAUACCUGAAGGACCCUGAGAAGACAGAGGAAGCCUUGGACAAGGAUGGCUGGCUUCACACAGGAGACAUUGGUCGCUGGCUCCCGAAUGGAACUCUGAAGGUCAUCGACCGAAAAAAGAACAUUUUCAAGCUGGCCCAAGGAGAAUACAUUGCUCCAGAGAAGAUAGAAGAUAUCUACAUCAGGAGUAGCCUGGUGUCGCAAAUUUUUGUACAUGGGGAAAGCUUAUGGUCAUUCCUAGUGGGAGUGGUGGUUCCUGACCCAGAUGUGCUUCCCUCAUUUGCAGCCAAACUUGGGGUGAAGGGCUCUUUUGAAGAACUGUGCCGAAACCAAGUUAUAAAGGAAGCCAUUUUACUAGACUUGCAGCAAACUGGGACAGAAGGUGGCCUUAAAUCCUUUGAACAGGUCAAACGCAUCUAUAUUCAUCCAGAGCCAUUUUCCAUUGAAAAUGGGCUCUUGACACCAACCAUGAAAGCAAAGAGGGGAGAGCUUGCCAAAUACUUUCGGACUCAAAUCAACAGUCUGUAUGAGAAAAUCCAGGAGUAGGUUAAGUUUGCUGCUGAGCUGGAAGCUGUGGGGGAAGGAGCUGAAACUCAUGUCAAGUGCACUUUUCCAGUAAACGAAGUAACAACCUCCUGAACUGGGAAUGAAGACCUAUGGGCAAGCAUGAAGCCUGCACAAGAGGCUUACCUUCUGGGAAGGAACUGACUGAUCUUUCCUCCCGACUCAGUUCCUCCUGUACCUUACACCCCUUCAACACGUGCUGCUUCCACUUGUAAAUGUUAAGCAUUCAGAAUAAACCACUGCAGAUAGCUUAAGCUGUGGUGUGUGUUUCCCCACAGACUGUAAUGAGAACCAGCCUCAGACAAGGACCCCUUAACAAUCAAUCACGUAAGCGAGUGGCUCUCAAACUUGGCUACACACUAGAAUUACCUGGGAGUUUAAAAAGAUAUUGAGGCCUGCGUGACACUUAACGGAUUCUGAUUAACAUGGUCAGGGGUACAGCCUGGGCAUCAGGAUUUUUAAAAGGUCCCCAGGUGAUUCUAGAAUGCCACCAGGUUUGAUAGCUAUGUUGAAGACCAGGCCUUCUUAUCCCACAGAUGUGAAUAAUAAAAUAAAUACCAGUCGAACCCUAACUCCAACUGAGCACAAUUCAUGUUCUUUCUCCUUUAUCAUCCAAGUAGUCUUGAACAGU